AUGGGCCGUCUGCCAACAGCCGCAGACUUUCCGGCCAAUGUCGUUCUCACGAUCGUUCCACCACGAGACAGUGACCCGCCUACGAACGUCCUAAUCCUGCUUCAUGGUCUUGGCGAUCAGCACUCCUCUUUCACUAAGCUCGGUCAGCAGCUCAAUCUGCCGGAAACCGUGUGUAUAGCCGUUCAAGCACCUCAUGGUUUACUCGACCUAGGCGGCUUCCACUGGGGUGACGACAUUGUCUUCGACUCCUCAGACGGCGGACUGGAUGCCGAUGCUGGCUUCAAGCAGAGCACUGCCAUGCUCAAAGGGCUGGUGGAGGACGAUCUGAUCACAAAAUGUCGCUACAGAGCUCGGGAGAUCCUCUUCCUCGGGUUCGGUCAGGGUGCUAUGGUGGCGCUGAACUUGGCUCGUAUUGCGGCUGACGCAGAGCUCGGCGGGAUAAUCGGUAUUGGGGGUGGACUACCCAGCGAAGCACCGGCCGCACAAGUCAACAAAUGCAAGACCCCUGUUAUAAUAUGCGCAGGGUCGAGCGAGUCCACAGUCACUUCUUCAUCAGAAGACAAGCUCAAGCACAACUUCGAGCAUGUGGAGUGCAAGCGAUACCGAAGGCCUGGCGACCAUAUGCCUAAAGACCGAGACGAGAUGCUGCCCAUCAUGCAGUUUCUUGCGCGAAGGCUCCGAAGCACGAAAGGCAUUCCCAAAGGUAGUGUCGAGCUCGCAUGA